AUGUCUCUUCACCAUGGCACCGACCGCUUGCAGCGGCUCUUGUGGGAGGUGCGCGUGGCAGACGCGCAGGCCAUCUGGGUAGGCGGCAUCACGGGCUUACGGCUGAAUGUCGAUCUGCUCAAGGAGCUCGGUGCUUCGGCUGCUUUUCUGGAGCGUUGGGAGAACGGCUGCUGCCUUCAACCGCGGGCGGGCGCCAGAGACAACGCGCCAGAAGAGGAGAGGGUCAAAGUUCGUAUUAUCAUGGACCUUUCCCGGAGCAGCUUGAACGCCUCCUUGCCCGACCUCCCAGUGAACUACGGGGCGGUUGAUCUGGCGAUAUCGCGCAUGUUCCCGCGGAGCUUUUUGUACGUUGUGGAUUUGGCGGAUGCGUUCUGCAACUGGCGCGUCUUGCCUUCCGAUGCGUGGUGGCUGGGUUUCUGGUCCCCGGGGCGACAGCAGUGCGGCAUGUACACAUUCCUGCCGUUCGGCCUAAAAACAGCACCUUCCAUCAACGAUUCUAGUUUGAAGGAGUUAUUACGGCUGUUGCAGCUGCACGAGAACGCCGUGCUUACAGAUUUCGUAGACGACAAUCUGGGCGCACAAUCUUCCGAGGAGGACGCGUGGCUGGAGCUGGAGCGCGUCGUCCGGUUCUUCCUGGAGAUUGGCGUCCCGAUCUCUGCAAAAGAAGGCGGCAUCCGGCCGCCCUCUCAAGUCCAGACGUGGGUAGGAUGGGUGUUCGACACUCUGAACAACACGCUGUCUGUUCAGCGUACAAAGUGCGACAAGUGCCAAGCCCUCAUUCUCGCCGCCCUGCAGGCAGAUUCAGACGGAACCUUGCUGGCGCGAGACCUCGCAGCCACCGCCGGUCUGGCCAACCAUAUUGCGGAGGUGUUCCUGCAAGGCAGGCGGCGAUUGUAUCGUGUCUGGGCGUCGCUGAACGCAGCAAACGUGUACGCGCUGUGGGCUCGCCGCCCAGCGGCGAACCCUGUUGUCCACUUGAGCCCCGACGCGCGCGAAACUUUGAGGUGGUGGCACCGCGCUCUGGACCGCACCCCGGAGCGACCGCUGCACGGCGAAGCUGGGCAGCUUUCGCUUUGGGGGCCGAAAUCCCCCGAGUUCCAAGAUUGGCGUCGCUUGGCGGCUGCCGGCUGCCUGCGCGUCAUAGAAACUGACGCCAGCAAGCUGCGCGGAUGGUCAUAUAAUUUGUGCAGCGCUGGCGUGGUCAGGUCCGGCGUUUGGCCGGCAGGUUUCGCAGAUCUCGCAGACAACGCAGACGCGAUAAAUUUUAAAGAGUUGUGGGUCGCGGUCCAGGCCGUUCAGGCAGAACCCGAAUGGUUGCGCGGAUGGCGCGUCGUGUUUCGAAUUGAUAACACGGCCGCCAUCCAUUACGUGAACUUCCGCUCCGGUCGCAUACCGCACCUCGUGCAGUUGGCCGAGGAAUUCGAGCAUGCAGAACGCUCGGCCGGGUGCUGGUGUCUGGCCGUGCACUUGGCGGGCGCAGCGAAUGUCAUCUCGGAUUCCGGCUCCCGAGACUCAGCAUUUGCGUCUCGAUGGAAUGCAGGCCCUUUCCGCGAGGCUGUGCUGAAAGCGUCGGCGAUGGACCGCAUCACCAACGAAUUCGGCCCAUUUGAUUGCGAUCUUUUCGCGGACCGGCUGGGGGUCACCGCGAAAGCGCCGCUCUGGUUUCACCCCGAGAACACCGCGUUUGAGGCGCACGUGUUAGGAAACAAGGCGGAGGCGACGGAGUGGUUCAAAACAGCCAUUCGGCAGGGCGGUGCCUUGGAAGCAGCAUUCGCCGAGGCAGUAAAAUCUGUCUUGCAAGCGGACGUGGCCUCGGACGUCGGGGAGAUUCCCACGGCGAUCAAGGCAACGGCGGAGACGUUCGAGACGCAGAACGGGCACACCGACACGGUGAUCGCUUCCCUCGAGCAGCGCGUCAUAGCCUGCGAGGAGUUCGUAGCCAAGGCUAGCAAGCAAGAGGCUGACCUGGACGCGGCUUUCUCGUGGCGCGAGGUCGAGCGGUCCACAGACGCGCAGGAGUGGUUGGCCGGGUGGAACCGUCUGUUCGUGGACAAAGACUGGCUGGCCAACGUCUCUGCGCAGAUGGCAGACCCAGCAAUGGUCAACGCCGUAUCCGUGUGCAUGGCCAACCCGAACAACCCGGAUGCGCAGAAGAUCAAAGACGCGAUCGGUCUGCGCAACGCCCCCAAGACCACCUUGAGGGAGCUGUGCCUGUCGUCGUUCGGCGGCAGUCCAGACCGCUUUCGUGCGUUCAUGUCGGACAAGGCGGCGGCCCGGGACGACAAGGUUGUCGCCGCCAUCGCCAGGAAGGCGUUGGGCUUCUUCCUCCUGCUCGAGAACCAGCACGUGAACGCAGCCACGGCCAAGCCGACCUCGGCCGCCAAGUUGACCGCCCAGAGGAACGAGAUUAUGCCUCUCUUGUUCGUUACCCUCAAAGCCAUGCGCCGCAAGGCCAAGAAGGCGUCGGCACGGAACAGCCUGGAGCACAUCAUGCUGUGCUCCGAGUUCAGUUUGGACUGGUCUCUGGGCCUCUCGCGCCUCGCCGUCGCUCCCUUCGUGAUGGCUCCGCCCGGCCCCGCCGUCACGGCAGUCGUGACUUCCGGCUCCCCCGAGGGCGCGCCGGGCGCGGUGGGUGGGCCCGCUUACAAGCGCCUGCGUGCAGACCCAGCCCAGGGCGGCGGCGGGGCGCCGGGGGGCAAUGGCAGCUGGGCGCCGCAGCAGGGACUCCCGCAGCAACACCAGAACCAGCCGAACUCCUUCGGCCAGAACACCGGCAAGGGCGGCAAACCCCAGGCGCCGGGCACCGGCAAAGGCGGGAACAACAACCACAAGAAGGCCAACGUGACGGCGAUGUUGUCGGAACUCGGGAACAUGGUGGGCAGGCAGCAGCCGGCCGCCGUGCAGGCUUUCGUCGACGCCAAUCACCAGGGCUCGCCGGACGACAAGGAGGCGAUCAGGUCCAUCAUGGGCACCUAUUGCCGCCACUGUUUGCUCGGGAGCCGGAGGCUCGUCCAGCACAGCCGGGCCCAGUGCAGGCAAGAGGGCGGCGUGCCGGCCACUCCGUGCAGCCGCUGCGCACAGAAGGGGAUCGUGGCAUUCCACUGGCAGGAGGAAU